AUGGGGAAGGAAGAAUCGAUACUAGUAUUCUUCAACACACAUCAUAAGCCUAGAGGUGCUUCAGGAGCGGGAUACAAAUAUGAGAUUGCCCUAGAGAUCCUUCAGCUCCCGAAGAGGCUUGUCAUGGCUGUUGAAAGUGGCAAAUUGGAUAUUCACAGAGUAGUAGUACUAAACCUGAGGUUUCAGGUGUCGGGCAAUUCGUCGACCCCGGUGCCGAAUCUUUUGUUCUUCCUGCAAACAAGGACAGCCGCUGGGAUGACCCAGGAUAUCACUCAGCUCCAAAAGUUGAAUUCAGUGCUUUUCAUCUCUGUUGGCCGUCGAAGCGUCCUGGUUUUGUUUUCCAUGAAGCUUGCUGGUCAAUUGUUCAACAAGUCUAUCAAGACAAGCAAAUCCCUCUGGCACGCAUUCUGGAAGUUUUUCCACUCCCUGCCGGUUUCGCUUACAGACAAUGUUCCAAACCGGGACCAUAACUAUGAAGGCUUAGUUACUCUUGAUGAUCGAUGUUUUCCAUGGUAUGACGAGUUGAAGUACAAUAACUCUAUGUCACCGAAGCAACAGCGUCUGCACCCAAAAGCCAACCCUUACGAAGUGGUUGAUAUUGAUGAUUUUCUCAAAGACAUUCAACGAUCCCCACCUGGCUCCAAGUCGAUUUACACUGCUACUUCUUCCUCACGGACAGAGAAUUGUUUCCGGAUGUUUUGGGACUUCGUCUGGUGUCAUGAGCAUUCGUGCCUAUCUCCUGGAGCCAGGCAUUUUGGAGAACAAGGUUUUGGUCUAAUUCUGAUCGGGGAUUUCUAUUUGAGAUCUGGCAUCAGACUGGAGGGUACUCUACUGCCGUACAAGCAAUUCCCCUCUUCCGCCCAGACUACAGAACAGGCAGAGAGUCUGGAAACUGGGUCUCGCAUUGAGGAACAUUUUAGACGCGAAGUGGAUGAAUACCUCAUCACACUUGAGGCAGUUUUGAUCCUUGCAGCGGGGGAGGAGCGAACAGUUCAUAACUCAUCCAUUGACUGCAACAAGUCUUUGCACAACCACGCGUUAUGGUACAUGGGCAAAACCUUGCUCUUGAUGAGUAUCAGCCUUUAUGUUGGGUUCGUUUUGGUGGUCUCCGUGGUGACAGGCUUCGAUCCUUACGGGGAAUCACAAUACCGAGCUGUGGGCUACCGUGGAUUCGAUUUCAUUAUGCCCAACGCUCAAGCCCAGUUACUCUUGGGCGUGGGACGUCCAGAACCUAAGCAAGUCUCUCGGUUUUCUAUCAAUGGGCCAUCUGGGGAAAUAAUUGAAAACAUUGAGAAUCCAAGUGGACUGAAGAAGGGAUGCUGA